GUCCACCAACACCUAAUUUAUAAAACAUUGAUCCGUGACAAAAAAAUGCAACAUAAUUUAUUUAUGAGUGAUAUAUUUUACUAGCAUAAAAAAUGUUUGUAGUUUUCUGAAUUCAAUACUGACUUUUCACUGAUUUGGAAUGCAUUGGCAAGCUGCUGCAUAGCAAGAAGUGAAACAUUUGUUUUUGCCUAAACAGCCGACUUGCAGCCGGAGGAAUCUUACACUAUGGAAGAGGAAAGUACUUCGGAUCUAAAGAAGGGUCCUACGCCAAGAAGAGGUUUGCGUUCUACACCAAAUCAAUUAACUAGAGAGCAGUCACCAAAUGAUCCUGACAAAUUUACCGCUGAUAGUAGCAUGGAUCAUUUGACGAGCUCAUGUGAAGAUACCGAGCUUUCUGCAACAUUAUCGAACACGGAAGAUGAUCUGGAUGAAGUCCGGCAUGAGAGAGAACGUUCGGAACCGUUGGAUGUGAAUGAAACAUCAAAAAAGAACCACCAGAAACCUUUAGAAGAUCCUCCCAAACCUUCAAACGAAUCAAGGUCUGCUCCAACAAGAUUUUAUAUCAGCAUUGGCAUCGUGGUAUCCGCUAUAUUUUAUAUGGCAAUUUUUAAACCGCUUUCAAAUACUCCGGCCAAAGCUGUCCAGCAAUGCAUCCCAUUAUUAAAACUUAGCUCCAAAUACCCAACUAUUGAUCACGUGUCCUGGAACAUUCUGAACGUUAGCGUAAAUCGUGCUAUCUACCAGAAUCCCGGUGAGCCCGCUACAUUUAUAUUUCUAUACAACUCAUCUGUAAACGGAGAAGCCCUGCUGGGUGACGUAACUCGCGUUACGGCGGAAUGUUUCGGUGAUCGUAAACCGAUUCAACUCGAAAGCAACUACUUCAAAAGUACAGAAAUCGCUGGGAACCCUAAAUUAUUUUUUAGCCAGUACCGAACACAGUUGGAAGCGCAGGGAAUUCUGGUGGUGCGUAAUUUAGAUCAGAUACCAGGAAAUACGGCUCAGAUAUUUUUCACAAUUUGUGAUUCCGUAGAGUCUCUGAUCAAGAAGGCAGUUAUCUUUUUCACGAUCGACAUCUCGCAUCGACCGAAUCACGUGAUUGGCAGUACCCAAAGUCCAACGCAGAUUGCCGAGGACAUUCUCAAGAAUUUAUGGAAAAGGGAUUUGAAUGCGAAUGAUUUGAACCCGCUGCUGGUGCGACUAACGGAGAAUGUGCUUCAAAUCAACUGAGAUGGAAAGAACUGAUUGUUAUAUAUUCUUUUUCUUACGUUAAGUUGCUGACAAUAAGCAAACAUUUAA